UGCCAAAUUUGAUGAUUUUGCUUGGUUUGGACUAAUUGGAAAGACUUGAAAUUUACAAAAAAAAAAAAAAAUCGUCAUUCAGUGUGAAACGCCAUUAAAUUCAUUUUAAAUUAUGCGAAUGGCAACCUGAUGCAUUAUUUAGUGCUCGUCUCGUGCAAAAGUUCAUUUCAGAAAUUGUUCCAAAAAGGUCAAACAUCGAAAAAUUUUCUUAAAUUAAAGUCAUUGGAAAGACAACACGUCGUGUCGUCGUCCCAAACCGCAAUUCGCAUCAGCAGCAAAUUCCCACAAUCGAUUUAACAUCCCGCAUCGACGACAACGGAGUUAUUAACGCCACACCGACGACGACGAUGACAGCGGCAAAGGAGGAAAUGCAAAUUAUCGAUGUAAAUUACGCGGAAACCGAGAAAAAAUCCGAACAUGUCACCAAACUUCGUCGAAUUUAUAAUGAGUGGUCUUCAUUAUUGGCUCUCUUGCUCAUUUUCUGCAUGAUUUGGAUGAUAAUGUUCGCAUUACUUCCCGCUUCGAUGACAGCUCCCAGCGCGCCGUUCAUGCGAAUGGCAUUUCUCUUUGUUGGCGCGCAAAUUUGUGGCGUCAUGAUCACUUUCAUCAAACUUCCUGACAUGCUGGGAAUGCUUUUCUUCGGCGUUCUUUACACAAAUGUCGGAUUAGGAGAUUUUAGUGCGAUUCAAUCGUUGGAAGCUUGUUUACGAGACAUGGCUUUGAUCAAUAUCAUGCUUUUGGCGGGAUUAGGAGUCGAUUUGCAGCCAUUAAAGAAACUUUUUCGAAUCAUCAUGCAAUUAACUCUCUUGCCAACGAUCGCCGAAGUUGCUGCUUUGACAGUUUUGAGCCAUUUUCUUCUCGGCCUGCCAUGGAUUUGGGGCGUUUUGUUAGGACUUGUUGUGACAGCAAUCUCGCCAAAUGUCGUCGUGACGGUGCUGUUAAGGUUAAAGGAGGAGAAAUUGGGCAUGAAUAAGGGCAUUCACACCGUUAUCAUCGCCAUGACAAGCUGUAAUGAUGUUCUUGCGAUUUUUCUCUUUGGCGUCAUUUUGGGCGUGAUUUUUUCGACAGGCGACUUAACAAGUCAAAUCCUACAAGGACCCAUCGGAAUUUGCAUUGGUUUAGCAUAUGGCGUUGUCACGGGACUCCUCAUGCUCGUUCUUCCAACGAAUUCGGCAAAAUACGUAAAUGGCUUGAAGUUCACCAUGAUAACGUUAAUGGGAUCCUUGAGUGUUUUCGGCAGCAAAGCAAUCAAGUAUCCUUCAGCAGGUGCUUUGGGAUGUAUCACGACGGCAUUUAUCGCUACCGAGGGAUGGAAACGACAGAAAGAUUCCUAUCAAAAUAACGAAGUUGGAAUGUAUCUCGACCUCUUAUGGAAGUUUUUGAAACCAAUUUCCUUUUCACUCAUCGGAAAAGAAGUCAAUUUUGCAGUUUUGGAUGGCAAUACUGUCUUGUAUGGCGCUAUUACGUUGCUCGUUGGAGUCAUUUUUCGAUUGAUAGUUUCUUACUUCUCAGCGUAUGGAGCGCAGUUAAAUUGGAAAGAAAAGGCAUAUGUGACCAUUUCGGGCUUCCCAAAAGCAACUGUUCAAGCAGCUUUAGGUCCUCUUGCUCUCGAUAUGGCAAGAAAACUCAAUUCUGAGGAGAAUUACGAGUACGCGAAUGCAGUUUUGAUCAUUUCUGUCCUCGCAAUAAUCUUUACGGCGCCUUUAGGAGCAAUUCUGAUGUUGAGAUUAGCCCCGAAAUUCCUUCAAAAAGGAUCUGAAAGAGAAAUUGCAUGAAAAAAAUAAUCUCAGAACAAAUUUUCUUACUUUU